AUGGUCAAACUACAGCUCCUUGUUUCAUCGCUCUGCUUGGCGUCACUGUCAACUGCAGCAGCGCUUCCUCCAACCAAUUCUGCCGUGUGCAAGAACCCUAUCAAGCGACAGGAAUGGAGACAGCUGUCUAUCCCACAGAGACGGAACUAUAUCGACGCUGUUCUAUGUUUGACAACAAAGAAAGCCGUGUCAGGGAUCCCUGGCGCCCUAAAUCGAUUCGACGAUCAUCAGGCCGUCCACGUCAAUCAAGCCGACCACAUCCAUUUCGUAGGACACUUCAUCCUAUGGCAUCGUUACUUCGUCGCAACAUACGAGAAGGCUCUCCGUGAAGAAUGUGGUUAUGCUGGCGCUCAUCCCUACUGGAACUACUCCUUGGACGCAGAGCCUCACAACCCUACUUCUACCCGCGUUUACGACUCCGAGAUAUUCUCUCCCGAUACCGGUUUCGGCGGCAAUGGCAACAAGGUUGAGCCCCUCCCUGGACAAAACGAGUUCGGCAUGGAGGGCGGUACGGGUGGUGGUUGCGUUCAAACCGGUCCUUUUGUCGCCUCCAAGUUCACCGUCAACUACCCCGGCCCAGCAGACUGUCUCCGACGCGACUUCAUACCCGCUCUCAUGAACACCUGGGCAGACCCCAAACUCGUAACAAAGCAACUCGAAGCACCGGAUUACACCACCUUUGACCGCUUGAUGCAAGGUGACACAACGUCUGGCGCUCCCAACAUCCACGGAAGUGGCCAUUUCGGUGUCGGUGGUGCGUUGGGCCAGGCUGGCAACGCUGCAAACUCGCCUGCUGAACCCCUUUUCUACUUGCACCACGCCAAUCUAGAUCGCAUCUUCUGGGAGUGGCAGCAACUGGAUUUGAAGACUCGUCUCAACCAGGUUGGUGGACCGAUCAUUCCGUUCGACUACAGCGGUCAGAACGUUACGCUAGACUACACGAUCAAUAUUGGAAAGCUGGCGGGUGACAGGAAACUGAAAGAGCUUCUGGAUACCACAGCAGGGCCGUUUUGCUACACUUAUUAA